AUCAAGCCAAUUCCGAGACUGUCUGUUACAAUGGUUUUAACUGCUCUUCGUGGAUUACUGCUAUGGGGAAAUCUCGCAUUGGUUGCUUCAUCGAAUCCCAAUUCACAGUCUUUGCUUCAGUCUUCGUCCCAGACACCUAGCUCGACAAGCUUGCAAGAAUCCUUUCAGGUCUAUCAGCCAGUAUUAUUCGACCCCAGUGGGGACAACAGCUGCGAUGUCGAGCUAUUGCUUAUGGAUCAUAUUUUUGGGGCAAGCUACGGAUCGCCGUUCGUGGGCGACUACAAGCCCCCCAGGUGCGUUUUCGACACUGUCCGGAUCAAACUUAAGGUCACUGCCCGGGGGAGGCAGUAUGACCGACUGGCAUUGAUGUAUCUUGGGGACAAUGAAGUGUUCCGGACUUCAACAGCAGAGCCGACAACAAACGGAAUUGUCUGGACUUAUAUCAAGGAAAUGUCACAAUACAAUUCGCUCUGGCAAGCUCCCCAAAAGCUGAUCUUUGAUUUGGGCAACAUAAUCAAUGACAUUUACACCGGUUCAUUCUAUGUGACCUUGACAGCACAUUUCUCCUACAGACAAGCUGCGAGGACUGCGGAUAUCAUCCUGCCCAUAUCUUCCAAAAGGUCUGUGUCCAACUCCGCAAGCUCUUUUUCGGUCCCAACAGAUAAUACAACUGUUAUGGUCGAGAUCCCGGCUGCUGCAAUGCGCGCCGUUGUGUCCAUCUCAGCAUGCGGGCAAUCAGAGGAAGAAUUUUGGUGGUCCAAUGUUCCCAAUGAGGACACUCAAGGCUUUGAAAGCACCGUCGGUGGACUUUAUGGCUACACUCCGUUCCGAGAAGUUCAGCUCUAUAUCGACGGCAUCCUUGCCGGGCUAGUCUGGCCAUUCCCUAUCAUCUUCACGGGAGGCGUGGCUCCAGGGUACUGGCGCCCAAUUGUUGGCAUUGAUACAUUUGAUCUCCGUCAGCCAGAGAUCGAUAUUUCUCCCUUUCUUCCCAUGCUACAAGAUGGUGAAUUGCAUUCAUUUGAGAUCCGGGUGACUGGUCUCAAUGUUUCGGCCGAUGGAAAAGCUACAUUUGCGAAUACUGUGGGUUCAUACUGGGUUGUCACGGGAAACAUCUUCCUCUAUCUUGAGGAAGGCUAUCCUUCCAAGGAUGUCACUAUGAAAGACAGCCAAGGUCCGCAAGUGGAGGCACCUUUACCAACAUUUUCCAUCUCUCGGAAACUUGCACGCAAUCAAAGUGGAGGGAACGAAUCUUUAUCUUACUCCGUAGUGGCCGAGAGAACCUUCAGAACGAAGUCUUCUCAAUUCUCGUGGUCUCAAACAUUGUCCUUUUCUAACUCCGGCCUGCUCAAUCGGCAAGGAUACAGCCAAGUCAACAAACAGCUUACUACUGGAAAGAACAUCAUUACCGAGCGUGGCGACACACCCACGUCAAACAGCACUUCAUUCAAAUACCCCUUGGUUGUGAAUGCAACAUACGGCAUUACUGCAAACGGACUUACAAUCGACUCUUGGAUGUUGAGAGGCCUUAACUUUGAGACAACAGGGGGACCCGGGAUUUCCACCUACAGCUUGACCUCAGGGCCAUCGUAUCUUCGCACGACUCAAUCUGGCAAAGCACGAUAUAGCUCAGUCACUGGCGGAUCUUCAACUUCAUGGGGCGAUACAGUUGAGAAAUAUGAAAGCGAAACGAAUGGACAAGCGUACCAACAGUCUGUUCACGCAAUCAAUGGGACUGUCGUGCAUAACACAGGAUCGCAAGACAAGGUCCAGGCAACUCCACAGGAUCAUGAAUCAGGGAGAGGCAGUGUGAAAGCUAUUCUUGGAAAGGGACCUGGGUCUCCUGCUCCUUAG